AAACAGAACAAAAAGUAACUUUGUUCCUUCAUACUAAUUUAUUUGUUGUCAUUAGUCAGGAAAAGAUACAUGUAACAAUUCAAACAAAAACAUGUUUUAAUUUUUCACAAUCAGUCGAUUCAUAAUAAUAAGUUGAUAAUCUCAAAAUGAGGGGGAUGAAUAUUGUCAACAAUGAUAUUGAUUGAACGAUAUCCAGAAAAGCGGUAUCGUUGUCAAUGUUCAAUGUCCAUUGUUCGUAAAACAUUGGUUAUGUAUUGAUUCCAUUUGCAAUCUUAUGCAUGUGACAGGGUCUUAAUAUUUUCUCUCGUUCAAUCGAUUGGUCAGUUUUUGGCGCGUACACACAAACACCACUGUAUACUUAUGCGACGCUUUUCGCACUUAGCACACUAUAAGUUGAAGCGAGACAACGCAAUACGCGCGUUUACUGUCGAACGCCGUGCGACGUAUUAUAAUUUCAAAACGAAAGAAUUCAGUGCAAAUCAAACUGUCAUCUGCGUCGUCCAUUACGCGAAUGUCUUAAUCGUACAUCGUCGUUGAAUAAUAAUUUUCUGAUCUAUUUUACCAGGAAAAAAAGUCUAUUGUUGAUGCAGUUUACCGAAUCAAAAAAAACAGUGAAAAACAGCCAAACUAACCAUCAAAAGCUGUUUGCAAAAUGGGUCGCAGAAAAAUGAAGAAGAAGAUGCCACCGGCAAAGAAGACUGCAUCACCAAAAGGUUCGUCGGAAAGAAAAUCGCUCAAAGUCACCAGCCUGAAUGAUAAAUGUCUGCUCAAAAUUUGCGCGUAUUUGGAAAUUGAUGAUUUGGCACAUUUGGCAGCAUCGUGCAAACGUUUCAUCCCGGUUUGUAUGGAAAUAUUUGAGAAACAAUACCAAAAGAUGCACUUUCCGAUUCGAGUGUACGAAAUUUACGAUGAGGACAAAUUCGAGCGCUAUGAAAAUAUGUUCACCUACUUCGGCAAAUUCAUCAAAAAAUUGCGUGUGGAAUUCGAUUCGUCCGAUCAUCGUGACAAUAAAGACAUGCAUAAUUUAAUAGUUGAAUACUGCAGCGCCACACUCACCGAACUCCAUUUCAUUGAGAUGGAUAAACGCAUGGCAAUCUACAGAAGGUUCCCGCGACUGACUCAUUUAACGCUCACACAGUGUCAUUUGAGUGCAACGGUUUCGCAUUUCGAGAAAUGGUGUCCAAAUUUGCGUUCGUUGGAGCUUGAAAUGGUUCAAUCCGUUACCAACACGGCGUGCAUCGAACGACCACUACCAAAGUUGGAACAUUUUGGGCUUGUGAAUUUCAUCGACUGCAAUUUCAGCAACAAAAAUGUUCGUCGCUUCAUCAAAAACAAUCCGCAAUUGAAAGGGUUGCGACUAUGUCGUGACAUUUUCGGAAUGGCACUCAAAAUCACCACCGAAUACAUUUCGUACAUCGAUCAAAUGUUGCCAAAUUUGGAGGCACUGGAUGUGAUUUACACUCACCGAUCAGCUCCGCCGGCAUGUGUCCAUUCGAACAACAUUCCACCGAAAUUCAGCAAUCUAAAAUGUUUGCAGAUGACGUGUCGAUCGGCUGACACUUUAUCAGCAUUUAUGAUACCCAGCAAACUAAUCGAAAAACUCAGUGUUGAUAUCGAACAAGGGGCCAGCGAAUCAAACCUUGGGUACAUCAUGAAUUGCAAAGAGUUGAAAUCACUCACUUGGUGUUUGAACAAAGAGAACGAGGUCAAAAAUGUCUUCAAACUGUCCAAAAACCCGGCUCCAUUACCCAGAUUGACUGAUCUCAAGCUGUACGUGGUUUAUGGUUUAAACGAAAAAAGUCACAAGCGAUGUCAAGUGCUGAUUAGUAUCAUUGAUUUCAUGGUUCAUCACAAGCAACUCAAUUCCAUUGUUGUCGGAUUCCAAAUGACAGACAACAACAAAAAGUUUCAACGUGCUGAAAUUGCUUGCUGUGAAAAUUGCUCGAAAUUUGUUGACACCGACCAAGAAUCAAGCGACGAUAAUAGUGAUGGUGAUGAGGAAGCCGAAAACUCAACACCACCCAAAAAUGUGGCCGAUUUAGGUGAAAUUUUGCACCCCUUCACAACAGUGGUCGAACACAAAUUCAACGGUGCAUGGAAAGCAACAUUCUACAUACAUAAAAUGCCAAACAAAUUGAUACCUGUGAUCGAAGACGUCUUCAUAUGUGUUGCAUUCAAAAAGAAUCUCAUCAACUAAAUUAUAUCAUUCCUUUUCAUCUGUUUUUAUUUUAAGUCUUCAUUAUUAUUAUUAUUACACACACACACACACAUUUUCUAUAUCUAUUUUCCUACUACAUAGUCAUCAACGGUAUUUUUUUUCCUUUCGCUUGAACAUGUUAUUUCAUAUUCAUUUUAUUCCGUCAUUUGUUCAACAUCCAAAGUUACACCGAUUUAGUAUAAUGGCUUCAUUGUCUGGUACACUACGCCGCUAUUUUGUGUCAAUAAACAUUUCGUUGGCUUCAAAAAUAAACUUACAUCGAAAUGUCGAUACAUAAACAA